AGAACUCAAUCGGAAUUAAAAACACCACUCAUUUCACUGAAAUAAACACUCAAGGAUGGCCCUGUGCCUCAUGGGGUUGCAACACCUUUCGGCUCCUUGUACGAUGGUUGACUAGUGUGACAAAGGGUGGUUGCAGUGGCAAAUAGCGACACCCAGUGGAAGAGUGCUGGUUCGUGCUAUGGAGGCGCCGGUUCUUGGAAGGUAGCUCCUCUGGAUUCGGGCGGGGGCAUGCACGCUCAUACGAUGGGGAGUAGGGGGCCAUCGAUGGUGAGGGUGAUUAAGUUCGGUGAAGUCUUAUUGUGCAUUCGAGGAGGAACCAUCAUUCCAAGUACCCGAGGAUGUGUCGUCAUGUUGGUGAGAUGGUCGGGGAUCUUGAUGGUAGCUCGGGCGAGGCUCGUAGUAGGAGCUCGAUCGGGGGGGUUGUUGAAAGCUCGGACGAGGAUUGUAGUAUUAGCUCGGGCGGGUCUCAUAGUAGGAGCUCGGGCAGGGCUUGUAGUAGGGACUCGGACGGGGAUCUUGUUGAGACGCACUCGAACCAGCACCGUGUGUCACAUCCGAAGGAGGAGGCAUGCAUUGCUCCCGACCAAAUUGACGUAAUCAUCGAUCCGGCAGAUGCCAACUCCAUAAUAUGGUGACAAAUGAGAGGGACUCUCGCGCACCAUUGAUAUUCAUGCCCAGGGAAUUGUUGCGAAUUCCAGUUAACAAUGUUCUCAAGGUAAGGAUCAUAUAUGAUCUACAAAAGAAAUAACCACAUAAAGUUAAACGUAGUUA